AUGGCCGGAAUUUCUGAGCAGAUCAAAUCACGCAGACUAGGUCAUAACUUGUUGGUGGGUGUCUGUGACCAAGGUCGAAAAGGCAAUGCAUUCAUCGCUGCGGAUGUCCUCCUUGAUUGCAUGCCACUGGAACUGUCGCAUGUUGGACGUGUUGACUGUCCUGCCGGAUACGUUCAAUGGGUGCUACAUAAAGACAUGAUGUGGAACACACACAAUGUAUUGGACGACGUUUAUUUGAUACCGGAAUGCGCAGAACGGACUCCAGACACCAGUGUGGGUACGUUGGAUCGCCAGCCACUCCUGAACUACGCCAGAGCAAAAAUCACACUGCAUAUUCCAUCAAAUGUUGCUCUGCCAUGUCACACGAAGGAGGCACGAGGGAUACUGCCAGGUCGCCCAAGCCUAGACGGGGAAGUAGAGAGGUGGAGGUCGGGUUCGAACCACGGGCCUUUUGAUCAGAAAUUACUCACAAGGUUGCUGAAAACUCUUCGACAGUCCACAACCGGUUUCGCCAUUCUUGGGGUUCAUCAGAUCGUAGUAGUAGGCACGAAGGCUGGGAUUUUGCCAGGUUGCCCAAGCCUAGACAGGGGAAAUCGAGAGACAGAGGUCGGGUCCGAACCAUGGACCUUCCUGUCGAAAUGCAUUCAUUUGUCAGUCUAUUUGGUGUUCCCGAGACACUCAACUAAAUCCCUCGUUUAUGAUAUUCUACAACUGAGUGUGAUGCACAUAGGCCGCCUCAUGUUUCACUUGGCGCGAUAUUUGAGAUAUCGCAGUAUAUUUUCAUUAGGGAAACAACUCACAAGUUUGCUGAAAACAUUUCGACAGCCCACGACCAUUAUUAGAGUUAUGCUUAUUUACAGUGUGCGCGAUGAUGAUGAUGACGAUGAUGAUGAUGAUGAUGAUGGUGAUGAUGAUGAUGAUAAUGGUGAUAAUGAUGGUGAUGAUGGUGAUGGAGAUGAUGAUGAUGAUGAUGAUGAUGAUGAUGAUGAUGAUGAUGAUGAUGAUGAUGAUGAUGGAGAUGAUGAUGAUAGUGAUGGUGAUGUUGAUGAUGAUGAAUUGGAUGUUGAUGAUGAUGAUGAUGUUGAUGACGAUGAUGAUGAUGACAGUGUGCACUCCCCAGAAGGCAAAAAAUCGGCUUCGGGGAAAGACAUCGAUAGUUCAGGUAUGGAAAGCAAAAAUAAUUCAACCACUCCAUUGCCUGGUGCCGAACAAGGGUUUACCGAUAAGGAACAAAACUACUUUAUAACGAACAAGCGAACGUUAGUGCCAAGUACAACGGCAUCAGGCUAUUUUUUUGAGAAGCACUGUCCGACCUUGAUCCUAUGCUGA